UUUCUGGAUCUUCAUUUAUAUCCCCUUUUAAUUGACAUGAACUAGUGGGUAAGAUUUCAAUCUAAAACAUCAUUUCCAUAAUCAACAUAACUGUAGGUUCGUUUCACAGAGACACAAAGACAAAAAAUAAAAAUAAAAAUGGGUGCUUUUGUUAAGCUAUUAGACUUUCUUCUAUUCAUCUACUUUUUCUUCCUAACCAUUAUUAUACCACUAUUUGAUGGCCAAUCUGUUUUUCCUAAACACAUGUUUCCACCAUUUUUGGUUGACUUAAAAAACUGGUAUACUCAGGAAUAUGGCGAUUAUUUAGUUUCUGAGAAACCCCAUUUCUUUGUUGGCUUAAUUUGGUUGGAACUUCUCGUUGCGUGGCCACUAUGUGUUGCUAGUCUUUAUGCUAUUGUAGCUGGAAAAUCUUGGAUUAAUACUACCUGUUUGCUCUAUGGUGUUUCCACUCUCACUGCAAUGGUGGCGAUACUAAGUGAAAUGAAGGGUUCCCAGAGAGCAUCAGAUAAGUUGCUGAUGGUGUACUAUCCGUUUCUAGCAUUUGCUGUUUUAGCAAUUUUACGUGGCCUACUACCUCAUUCUGGCAAGUCUGUGAGCAUUGGAAAAAGAUCUGCUAUAAGCAGAAAGAAGAGGGCUUAAUCUUCAACUCAGAAGCUAUAAUUGAAGAGUUCGUAUUUCUUUUUGCAUUGGUCUUUCAACUUAGAGGCUAGAAACCCUAUCAAUUUUUGUUCUUUGGUUCUCUUUUGAUUUCCCCCUGCUGAUAUUAAGUUCUGAUGCUUGUGCAUGAGUUUUCGCGUAGAACAAUCACAAAUGAGUUGUAGUUCCAUUUUAACUACUAAUAGACAGUUUUAUAGUAGUAAUAAUAUUCUGCUGAUCCUUUUGAGUGAA